AGUUUCACAUAUAAACAAAAUACGCUAUCAUUUUUACACCUCAAGUCUGAACAGAUGUUGGGUGUACCUCCAUUUCCAGCCCUUUUGGUUGCUUCCCUCUUUAUUUGUUGCUCUCUCGCUUUCCAAGCUCAAUUGUCUCCCGAUGAAGCGGAUGGUUUCUGGUCUGUGAUGGACGAAUUGGGAAAGAAGAAAGUGAAUUUCAAUUUAGGUCCAUGCAGUGGAGGGUACGAUGGGGGGCAAUCCAAUCUUGGAGAAGAUAAUUUUCCUGUAAAUAACAUCAAUUGUAGUUGUUCAUCUGGGAAUGCUACCAUCGUCUGUCACGUCACCCACAUAAUUCUGAAGUCUCAAAGGUUGCAAGGCGUUCUUCCGACUCAACUCUACAGGUUGCCUUACCUGGAGAUACUCGAUCUCACUCGAAACUAUCUUAGCGGCGAAAUUCCUCCACAAUGGGGCUCAAUGAAGCUUGUCGGAAUUUCUCUGCUCGGAAAUCGGGUGACGGGUUCGGUUCCAAAAGAGAUUGGAAACAUCACUACACUUGAACAGCUAAUCCUGGAAUCCAAUCAACUGUCUGGAAGCUUGCCUUCAGAACUUGGUAAUUUGCCGAGCUUGACAAGAUUAAUUCUUUCCUCGAACAACUUCACUGGGGAGCUGCCGGCGUCUCUGGGAAAUCUAACCUCUCUGAUCGACUUCCGAAUCAGUGACAAUAACUUUGCAGGACAAAUACCCAGAUUCAUUCAGAAUUGGGUAAAUAUUGGUAAAAUACAAAUUCAGGCAAGUGGGUUGAGUGGACCUAUUCCUCCUGAAAUCGGACUUUUGGAAAGCUUAACCGACCUGAGAAUAAGUGACUUGAAUGGAGCCUCGUCACCCUUUCCAUCACUUAAUAAUUUGACUAAGAUGAAAAACCUAAUAUUGAGAAAUUGCAAUAUAACAGGAGUGCUGCCUGAUAAUUUUGAUGGGAUGAAAUCUUUGAAGAUCUUAGACCUCAGCUUUAACAAAAUAAGUGGGCAGAUUCCUACCAGUUUUCGAAGUCUUGUCAUGGUGGACGAAAUUUUUUUAACUGGAAACUUGCUAAAUGGAUCCGUGCCUGAUUGGAUGCUGCAUGAAGGAGAGAGCAUUGAUCUCUCUUAUAAUAAAUUUACACCACUCUCUACGAUCACUGGGUGUCAAUCAGGAAAUUUGAACCUGUUCGCAAGCUCUUCCCUGGACAAUAAUUCUGGCCUUGUAUCUUGUUUGUCGAACCGCAGUUGUGCCCAAGUGCAGCGCCAUCUCCAUAUAAAUUGUGGUGGGAAGGAAGAAACCAUUGAUGAUGUUAAGUUUGAAGGAGAUAAUGAUACAGGCAAAGCAUCGCAGUUUUUCUCAAGUAAAACAAAUUGGGGAUUUAGCAAUUCUGGUACUUUUAUGGAUGAUGACCGAAGUACAGAUGACUACAUUGCUAGGAAUUCAUCUGCGUUGUCUAUGAUAAACUCCACACUGUACGAGACUGCUCGAAUUUCUCCAAUGUCUCUUACAUACUAUGUGUAUUGCUUGGCAACUGGAGAUUACACGAUCCACCUCCAUUUUGCAGAAAUAAAGUUUACUGAUGAUAAAAAUUAUAGCAGCCUUGGAAGGCGUAUUUUUGAUGUCUACGUGCAGGGAAGACGGGUGCUGAAGGAUUUUAAUAUUGCAGAUGCUGCAGGAGGUGUAGGUAAACCUUUCAUAGAAAAGAUUCCCAUUGCUAUUACUAGUGGUACUUUGGAGAUACGAUUUUAUUGGGCUGGGAAGGGGACAGUUGCUAUCCCUACGAGGGGAGUCUAUGGUCCUCUAAUUUCAGCCAUUUCAGUAGUUUCUGACUCUCCAUCAGGAGGCCGGAAUACCUUACCUGUAGGUGCAGUUGUUGGGAUUUCGGCUGCAGUUGCCUUCUUUAUAAUUUUGGCUCUCGGAAUUUUGUGGUGGAGAGGCUGUCUUGGAAGGAAGAGUACACAUCGACAGGAUUUGAAGGGUCAAAAUCUGCGCGUUGGUUCAUUUACAUUAAAGCAAAUCAUAGCUGCAACAAAUAACUUUGACGCUUGCAAUAAGAUAGGGGAAGGUGGUUUUGGACCUGUUUAUAAGGGUCGUCUCUUGGAUGGCACCAUGAUUGCAGUGAAACAACUUUCUGCAAGAUCACAACAAGGAAACCGCGAAUUUGUGAAUGAGAUAGGCUUGAUAUCUUCUUUGCAACACCCAAAUCUUGUUAAACUUUAUGGAUGCUGUACUGAAGGAGAUCAACUUUUGCUAGUAUAUGAAUUUAUGGAAAAUAAUAGCCUUGCUCAAGCUCUCUUUGGAGCUCAAGGAUGUCAAUUGAAGCUGGAUUGGCCAACAAGGCAAAAGAUUUGUAUUGGUAUAGCCAAAGGUUUGGCUUUUCUUCACGAGGAGUCAAGAUUGAAGAUUGUUCAUCGAGAUAUCAAAGCUACUAAUGUAUUGUUAGAUAAAAAUCUCAACCCCAAGAUAUCUGACUUUGGUUUGGCCAAGCUUCAUGAAGAGGAAAACACCCAUAUAAGCACUCGAGUUGCUGGAACAUUUGGAUAUAUGGCACCCGAAUAUGCAACACGAGGCUACUUAACUGAGAAAGCAGAUGUCUAUAGCUUCGGUGUCGUGGCAUUGGAAAUAGUUAGUGGAAGGAGCAACACUAUAUAUCGGUCAAAGGAUAAGUGCCUUUAUCUUCUUGAUUGGGCACUUGUGUUGAAAGAGCAAGGCAGUUUAAUGGAGCUCGUCGAUCCAAAGUUAGGCUCCAACUUCGACCAGGAAGAGACGAUGGCAAUGAUCAAAAUUGCUUUGCUCUGCACCAAUGUCUCUCCCUCAGCGAGACCUACCAUGUCCUCGGUGGUGAGCAUGCUGGAAGGUAAGGCUGCUGUCAAGGAGUUGGUUUCAGAUCCUGAUGACAUGAGAAAAGAGAUGAGCGCAAUGUGGACCCUUAUUCAGCAGAAUGAGAAAAUAACCGACAACGAGAACAAGGAAGAGAAUCCAUUGUUUAUGGACAUGCCAAGUACCAGUUCUUCGACAUCRAUAAAGAGUAGAAGCUAGACUCUGAUACUGCAUCCUUAAUGGUAUGUGAUAUGUUUAAGCUUUGAUUUGUUAUAUGAGUAUCACAAUUAUUCAACUGAAAGAGAUCAGUAUAACAAGGUUUAAGGCCAGUUGUUCUUAUGCUUGAUUCUACUUGAAUAUGUUGAUACGAACCAAUUUUAUUUA